AUGUCGGGGAAAGGUGAAUGUAGUGCAUGGGGAGGGAAGACAGCUUGGGGUCGACAGGAAGAGGAUUGUGAGCCGAUUGUUUCCUUUGUGGAAAUCAUGAGUGAGGAUUUGGCGGACUCAUUGAACGAAGAGGAAAAGAAGAAGGAAGAGGAGUUCUUGAGGGCUGUUGCGCAGAGUGAAGCUGAAAGGAUGUAUACGAACGACGAAGAGAUGGCAAGGGCUCUGCAGCGUGAAUUUGACCGCGAGUAUGAUUUGUCGGUCAGAUUGGAAGAAGAGAAGCAGAAGGCAAAGAAAAACAUCGGUACUUCGCUUUUCACUUCUUUUUAUGAUUAUUUUUCGCAUAGUCUUACUACCAAAAUGCUGUAA